UCCCUUUCUUCCCGCCCCCCGAUUCCGAGACGCCAGCAACUUCGCUCCUCAGAGUCUUCCAUUGACUCGCCGGUGACGGGCUCCUUCCUAGUCCAACGCGGGAGAAGCGCUUGCCUUGGCCGUGGCGCCAUUCAGCGGUCAGCUCAGGCAGUGCCAUGUCGGAGUCUGGGCACAGCCAGCCAGGUCUCUAUGGACUAGAGCGACGGCGCCGAUGGAAGGAACCAGGCUCUGGUGGACCCCAGAAUCUGUCUGGGCCUGGGGGUCGAGAAAGAGACUAUGGAGCACCUUGGGAACGAGAUCGAGAGAGACGGGACGGCAACGAGGAGACGGGGACAUCAGUCAUGCAGAAGACGCCCAUCAUUCUCUCUAAGCCUCCGGCAGAGCGGUCUAAACUGCCGCCCCCGCCAACCCCGGCGCCCACCGCACCCCCGGCCCCGGCUCCACUGGACAAACCCAUCGUCCUCAUGAAGCCUCGAGAAGAAAGCAAGGGCCCGGCCAGCGGGGCAGGUGCCCCAGUCCUUGAAGGGGCCACACCACCCCCCCCAGUGACCCCCACACCUCCCAAGGGGGAGAAGGAAGGCCAGCGGCCUACCCAGCCCGUCUACCAGAUCCAGAACCGGGGCAUGGGUGCCGCCACCCCCGCCGCCAUGGACCCCGUGGUGGGCCAGGCCAAGCUGCUUCCCCCCGAGCGCAUGAAGCACAGCAUCAAGCUGGUGGACGACCAGAUGAACUGGUGCGACAGCGCCAUCGAGUACCUGCUGGACCAGACGGACGUGCUGGUGGUGGGGGUCCUGGGGCUCCAGGGCACGGGCAAGUCCAUGGUCAUGUCCCUGCUGUCGGCCAACACUCCCGAGGAGGACCAGAGAGCGUACGUGUUCCGGGCCCAGAGUGCCGAGAUGAAGGAGCGUGGAGGCAACCAGACCAGCGGCAUCGACUUCUUCAUCACCCAGGAGCGCAUCGUCUUCCUGGACACCCAGCCCAUCCUGAGUCCGUCCAUCCUGGACCACCUGAUCAACAAUGACCGCAAGCUGCCCCCCGAGUACAACCUGCCGCACACCUACGUGGAGAUGCAGUCCCUGCAGAUCGCGGCCUUCCUCUUCACAGUCUGCCACGUGGUCAUCGUAGUGCAGGACUGGUUCACCGACCUCAGCCUGUACCGGUUCCUGCAAACGGCAGAGAUGGUGAAGCCUUCCACCCCGUCCCCCAGCCAUGAGGCCAGCAGCUCCUCGGGCUCGGACGAAGGCACGGAGUACUACCCCCAUCUAGUUUUCCUUCAGAACAAGGCCCGGAGGGAGGACUUCUGCCCCCAGAAGCUGCGGCAGAUGCACCUGGUGAUCGACCAGCUGAUGGCCCACUCCCACCUGCGCUACAAGGGCACGCUGUCCAUGCUGCAGUGCAACGUCUUCCCGGGGCUGCCCCCCGACUUCCUGGACUCGGAGGUGAACCUCUUCCUGGUGCCCUUCAUGGACGCCGAGGGCGACAGCGAGAGCCUGCCCCGUGCAGGCCCAGGCUCCAGCCCGCUCUUUUCCCUCCUCCCGGGCUACCGGGGCCACCCCAGCUUCCAGUCGCUGGUGACCAAACUGCGAAGCCAGGUGAUGUCCAUGGCCCGGCCGCAGCUCUCGCACACCAUCCUCACGGAGAAGAACUGGUUCCACUACGCUGCCCGGAUCUGGGAUGGGGUCAAGAAGUCCUCGGCCCUAGCCGAGUACAGCCGCCUGCUGGCAUGAGGACGUGCAGGAGGUGGCAUGCAGGGCUUCCGAAGUUCCCGGGAGGACGGUGGGUCCCUCCUUUCCCCCACCUCCAGCUGCCAUGUGUGCGGACGAGCACACCAGGCCCCCCCGGGGCGCAGCAGCAGCAGCAGCAGCAGCAGGAGAGCCACUGGGGCGUCCGCCCGCUCAGAAGACACCAGGGGGCAGGUGAAGGUUCUCAGGGGUCGAUGGAGCCUGGGGCUUGUCUGUCCCCACAGACGGAGGGAGGAAGGUGGCACGUUUGUAAGGCCCUCAGGAGGGGGCCCCUCUCCCGGCCCCCUGUUCUCGGGAUGGACAGCCGGACGCGGCGGGGGCUCUGAGCUCCCGCCUCAUGAGUCUGCCCCUCCGAAGGCCAGGACUGACCACGUUCUGUCCGCGAGGGCUCCGAUUCUGGGUCAGAUUUGUUGGUUAAUAAAGAUGGUAACACAGCA